AUGGGCGACCAACAAACAAAUCGGCAAAAGGCAAUGGCGGCCGUACAUGCAAUGUUCGAAAAGUACAAGUUGCUUGCAGCCCGCAGGCCCAAGAACCAUGUCGACUUUGACCGAGAAGUCAUGUUGAAUCUGGAGCUCGUGGAUGCAAGCCUCGAUGGUACAGUUACUUAUGAACUCGUCAUUGGGCCCAACUUUUCGAACUUGAACAAUGUUAUGCAUGGAGGCGCCGCCGGUGUUAUAUUCGACAUGUCCACGACGACGGCUCUUUGUCCUCUUGCUCGGCCUGGGUUCUGGGAAUUCAUGGGCGGCGUAACUCGUUCUCUCAACAUCUCCUAUCUUAAGGCGGUGCCCAUCAACACCAGGGUGCGACUCAACAGCAGAGUGGUAAGUGUGGGCAAGCAGAUGGCUAUGAUCCGAGGCGACAUGACCAGCCUGGAUGGCAAGACAACAUACUGCACAGUGGAGCACCAUAAAGUGAAUGCGCCUGUGGUCAAAGAGCAUCUAGAUGUAAGAACAGCGUGGGAUGAAGAAUUCGCGAGGGAAUGGAAAGCGAAGGGCAUGAAAGAAGUGAAGAGCAAAAUAUGA